ACUCACUUAAACUCUUCAAAACACACGCUAACUAGAAGUAAUGGCACUUGGUGGAAAGGCAACAGUGGUGCUACUCCUUUGCGCCAUGGUAGCAAACGCCGUCGAGGGUGAGGUGGUGACCUGCCAGAUGGUGGUCAGUAGCAUAAAACCGUGUGUUGGCUACCUCACCAUAGGAGGUCCACCGCCACCCUCAUGCUGUAAUGGGGUAAGCUAUCUCAACAAGGCUGCAGCAACCACCCCCGACCGCCAGACCGCUUGCAAGUGUCUGAAACAAGCCGCCACCAUGUUGCCAGGGCUCAACCUUGAUGCCGCUGGGAGCCUGCCCGUGAAAUGUGGCGUCUACAUCCCCUACGAGAUCAGCCCUGAUACUGACUGUGCAACGGUGCAAUGAAGUGGUAACGAGAAAGGCGCAUGUUUAAGAACCAGUAGAAUAUUGAAUAAGGUUGGCGAUAAUCGUGUCACGUACUUGUGUCCGUCUCCAGAUAGCUAGCUAUCAUGUACUCUUGCAGGAUGUUCAUCCUCUGGUAGUAUGCGUCUAGCUUGUAUGUUUUUUUUUCGUUGGUUGUAUUUGGUGCUUGCUCUUGUUUGUCACGUUCAAUAAAUCUCGUU